AUGGCGGGCGAGGCGCAGUGCCUCAGCUACACGGGAUGCAACUUCCUGAGGCAGCGCCUCGUGCUGGCCACGCUCAGCGGCCGCCCGCUCAAGAUCCGCAAGAUCCGCGCCAAGGAGGAGGACCCCGGGCUCCGCGAUUUUGAAGCAAGUUUUAUUCGCCUGAUUGACAAAGUGACCAAUGGCUCACAGAUUGAAAUAAACCAAACUGGUACUACCUUGUAUUAUCAACCUGGUCUUCUGUACGGAGGUUCACUGGAACACGACUGCAGCCCCAGUCGUGGUAUUGGGUACUAUUUGGAAAGUCUACUCUGCUUGGCACCUUUCAUGAAGCAUCCAUUGAAGAUUGUCUUGAGGGGAGUAACAAAUGAUCAAGUAGAUCCUUCGGUUGAUGUCCUUAAGGCAACAGCUCUACCCCUUCUGAAGAAGUUUGGAAUUGAUGGUGAAAGUCUGGAAAUCAAGAUCAACCGAAGAGGAAUGCCUCCCAAAGGAGGUGGAGAGAUACUGUUUGCUUGCCCUGUGAGAAAGGUCUUGCAGCCUGUUCAGUUCACAGACCCUGGAAAAAUCAAGCGCAUCAGAGGAACUGCAUACUCUGUCCGAGUGUCACCGCAGAUGGCAAACAGAAUGGUGGAAUCUGCAAGGGGCAUCCUGAAUAAAUUCCUCCCAGACAUCUAUAUCUACACAGAUCAUAUGAAGGGGGCCAACUCCGGAAAAUCACCAGGUUUUGGCAUGUGCCUUACUGCAGAAACCAUCAAUGGCACCAUUCUCAGUGCUGAGCUAGCCUCAAACCCUCAGGGCCAGGGAGCAGCUGUGCUUCCUGAGGAACUGGGCCAGAAUUGUGCUAAGCUGCUGCUUGAGGAGAUCUACAGAGGAGGCUGUGUAGAUUCAACGAAUCAGAGCCUUGCUCUGCUCCUUAUGACCCUUGGACAGCGGGAUGUUUCCAAAGUCCUGUUGGGACCUCUGUCUCCAUACACAAUUGAGUUUCUGCGACACCUCAGAAGCUUCUUCCAGAUCAUGUUUAAAAUGGAAACAAAGACCACUGAGGAAGAGCACAUGGGUGGAGAGAAAGUCUUAAUGACGUGUGUUGGCAUUGGAUUUUGCAACCUCAGUAAAACUAUGAGAUAAAAAACAUCUACAGACUUUGUGAAAGACAGAAAAUGCUGCAAAGAUCUAAUAAAACCAACCUGUCUCUGUCCUUACUCUGGCAUAAGGAGACCUGUGAUGAUUCCAGUGUGGGGGUACCCAAGCUCACUGCAUGUAAACAACAAAGCUGACUUUAGACUAUUUAGAUCUGUGCUAUUUAUAAAAGCAAAUUCUGUGCUGCUUGGAGUGGCUCUCUGGAGUCUCUCUCCCAAGCUGACAUGGGACUGUUUGCACUGUAUUCCACUGAAUGGGACACAAGUGCCUCAUGUCACUGUGCUCUCAAGCCUUAAUGAGGUGAGUGCUCUGGUUCUAUGUAUUUACUGAUUUCACUUGUAGUUUUUUCUGAAAGGUUUAGAUAGAAAGGGAAAACAAAAUUGACCAAAACAAGCUUUGCAUUGCAAAACAAAUGAUUACAAUGGAAAUAUUAGAUUCUUGAGGUAAUUGCAGAGACAAUAUUGGCAUGAAAAUUAAAAGUAUGACAGCAAUUCUUUGUCUAUACAUUGUGUGUGUGUAGAAUUUGUCAGAUGGUCCACUCCUGUUUACAUCCACUAAAUUCACAGAAUCACAAAAUAGUCUAAGUUGGAAAGGACUAUAAGGAUCACUGAGUCCUGCUCUUAAGUGAAUGGCCAAUACAUAGGAUGAAACCCAUAACCUUGGCAUUAUUAGCACCAUGUCUUAACCAGCUGAGCUCAUCUCAUCUCAUCUCAUCUCAUCUCAUCUCCAUCUCAUCUCAUCUCAUCUCAUCUCAUCUCAUCUCAUCUCAUCUCAUCUCAGUUUCACAGGAAGAAUAAAAUUUUUGUCUUUUGUUUUUCCUGAUUUUAGAAUACUGCAGAAGAGAUCACAGCCUAUACUGUCUUAUUUAGCCUCCUUUGCAAAGAUGGGCAUGGGAGGAGAAACCUCCAUGGCAGCUUUUGACUUAACGCAUAUAUUCAUUUUAGGUUUGGCAUGCUGUACACAUGGCUCACAAUUAGUUGUGAGAAGUUGUAAAAAUAGCUAUAUGCUUUGAGAAAGAAAAAUAUAUUCAGUUCACCAUCAUAUUUUGUGCAUCUGCUCCCUUUUUAAAGUGCCAGUAGUGCUCUAUGGGCUGUAUGCUUGGAUUGACAGAUGCAAAGAAGUUUCUAAAGUUUGUAAAUAUUUACUCAUGAAAAGCGUCUGGUAAAUUCCAGGCAAACCUGCUGAAGUUAAUGCUGAGCUCCUGACACAAGGGAAGAAAUUUCUAUUUGGCUUCAGACUAUAUAUGUCUGGAGGAAAAGAAAACUGUGUCAAAGGCUGGUAUAUAGAGAGAGCAGAGAUACUAGUGACUGUGUUAAAAUGAUUUUACAAACUUUUAUCUGAUGCCACUGUAAAGUGGGCAUUACCUCUGUAGUGUGAAAAAUAUGUAUUGGACCCGAAAAGGACUUUGACAAAGGUUUGGUAUUUACUUAGUGUUUUGUUAGCUUUUGCAGACCAUGUGAGUACUUUUUUUACUGUACUUUGUUCUUGUUGCAAUCUGUGAGACAUGAUUUGAAAAAAAUGAAGUGUUAUGUUUUGGUUUUUUUUUCCUAAAUAGGUUUUAUUUCCCUUUAAAGCAAAACAGACAACUGGCGGGGAAAAAAAGCCUGGAAGUCUUUCCUGAACCAAAAUGUAUAUGGCUAUCUUGAACUGAUAUAUCAAAAAAACAACUUUGGGAGUUGCCAGAGAGGGAGGGAGGGAAGGGGUGAAGCCAUGCUUAUAAUUUACUAUCUUCCCAAAAUUUGACUUGCAAAGGAAGUCAAGACUAAGGAAAUCCUAAAUAAAACAAUAGGAUGUGAAAUAAAAUAACUUGACUAUAUCUUUUACAUUUCAGGUUAGAAAAAGAUAUGUAGGCCUUAAAGAAUUUACCUUGCUCCCCUCUAUCACUAUGUUAUGAAAAAAAUAGAAACUUUCUGAGAUAAAUUACCCAAAAUACAAGGUGCCACUGAUCUAAAAGGUUAAUGUACAAACUAAAAGCCACUAGAAUAAAAAUAGAAAACUUACAUUAAUUAAA